AGGAUUUUCGUGAAAGAAGAAAACAAAGUUUGUACUUUGUUGUUUUGAUCGUAAUGUAAAUUUAGGUUCCAAUCUAAAUUCAACUGAAAGUUUACUAUUUAGUUCAUGCUAAAUUUCAUAAUAAUUAUUUUUCUCUUUGAUUAAAUGAUAUGUGAAUUUAUAAUGAUAACAAGUGUAUUUGAACAAUCAAAUUAACUUUUUAGUGUCGACUUGAAGUACAGUGUUUACUUUUUGAUCUCAUGAAUAAUAAUUGUUGACUUUUGGAAAACAAUUUUCAUCGCAAACUAUAUUGAGCUUUUUGGCAGCUAUUAUUAAUUAUUAUUCAAGAAUCAAACCUUAAUUUGAAUAUGAAGUUGUCAAUCUGUCUAACUGUUUACGGUGCAUUUUUGCUUUUGUAUAGUAUCAUAAUAGUUGCAAUUGAAGCUACAAGUUUCUAUGUUGGAUUGAUAUUUGCAAUAUUGCCAUUUUUGUGUUUUAUCAUUUUGAACUGGUUUGCUAUUCCUCAACCAAGCGAGGCUGUGAUUAGAGAAAUUUUGGGGGAGAAUCUAUGGAUAAUUGAGAGGGACAGACAUCCCCUUUCCGGUGAAAAUGAAUCUGCAGAAGAAGAUACAUUUGCAAUCAAGACAGUAGCUCACAGGGCAUGUGGAUUAGAUGCUCCAGAGAAUAGUAUGGCAGCUAUCAAAUCGUGCAAAAAUAAAGGGAGCAAAUGCAUUGAAAUUGAUCUAUGGCUGACGGCAGACAAUAUUGCAGUGGUUUUCCACGAUGACACCCUGGAACGUAUGACUAACGGAUUUGGACCAAUCAAAAUCAAAACCUUUCAAGCACUUCAAGAGUUGAAACUUGCAUUUCAACCGGAACCACAUAUCAAACAAACUUUUGUUGAAGCGAAAAUUCCAACUUUGGAUGAAUGCAUAAAAUUUUGUUUGGAAUCAGACAUAAAACUCAUCCUUGACGUGAAGGACACUAGUGAUGAGAUGGUGCAUACUCUGCUUGCAAUGUAUAAGAGAAAUCCUGUACUAUAUAGAAGGGUGAUAGUGUCUGGGUUUGAUCCAUUAUUCAUAUAUAAAAUUCGAUCAGCUGAUCCGCAAAUAGCGUGUUCAAUGGCGUGGCGACCCGAGUAUUUCACAUCUGUGAGCUUCGACGCAGUGCAUGGCAGCAAAAGAUGUUCGCAGCUGCUGCACCGCCAUUACUUCUCAUUAGUGAUGGACUACAUUUCUGCGUGGCUCUUCAACCACAUCCUCUUCUACCUGCUCGGUCUUUCCGUUGUCCUCCUGCAUAAGGAUGUCCUGUCGGCGAGAACAGUAGCGAGAUGGCAGAAUAGAGGCAUUCGCGUGAUGGCCUGGACUGUCAAUAACAAAACUGAGAAGGACUAUUUCGUCAAUGUUCUCCACAUACCUUAUCUCACCGAUACUCUCAGUUAUACGCAUUAGUUCACUAUCAGGACAAACGUGUGACCCUGCUGCUGGCAUUCUGCCUGCUGUUGGGCACUACAUCCGCCACCAAGACAACCGAAACAGCCACCAAACCACCAGUUCCCCCUCCACCACCUCCAGAAAUACUCUUCAUCCACUUCUCACCAGAUGUCACCGCUCGGCCUCCGAUCAAUGACGUCACAGCUAUGCCUUCCCAGUAUGACGUUACCACUAGUAGGCUGCGAUCUGAGGAUUAUCUGCGCAGACGCGUUGUCUACGAAAUUGAGCCGUAUUUGGGGACGCUGCAAAAUCAGAACCAGUACCAGAGUAGUCCCAACCAGUUGUCGCUGAAUAAUCCGGAUUUUAAUGUGCUCGCUAGCAGACCUAUCAAUUAUCAGAGGCCACCUGGACAGUCGCAACCUCAACCUCAGAGACCUCAGUAUCAGCAACCUCAGAGACCUCAAUAUCAACAACCUCAGAGACCUCAAUAUCAACAACCUCAGAGACCUCAAUAUCAACAACCUCAGAGACCACAAUACCAGCAACCUCAACGACCUCAAUACCAGCAACCUCAACGACCUCAAUACCAGCAACCUCAAAGGCCUCAAUAUCAGCAUCCUCAGAGACCGGCUUACAAUCCUCCACGUUUACCUUUUGCAUCAGUUUUAUCGAGUCCUUUGAAUAGCAGGCCACGUGAAGAGGAGGUGAUCAGUUGAUUCGAAUUUAAUUGUUUUUGGAUUUAUACGCAAGACAUUGUUUACUACACUUUGAUGACUCAUCAAAACUAUACAAUGGGAGGGAAAUAAAUUGACACUGUUAUUAAGUUCAAACAAUAUUUAUUCAUCGAAACUAUACAAUCGGAGUGAAAUAAAUUAACACUGUUAUUAAGUUUGAACAAUUUAUUCAUCGAAAAUAUACAAUGGGAGGGAAAUAAAUUGACACUGUUACUAAGUUUGAACAAUAUUUAUUCAUAGAAGCUAUACAAUGGGAGGGAAAUAAAUUGACACUGCUAUUAAAUUUGAACAAUAUUUAUUCAGAAGAGUUGCAGUACAUUGUUUACACUUCACUGGCUGAACAAGACUGUACAAAGGAAGGGAAACAAAUCACCCCAAAUUGAAAAAUUUAUCAUGUAGCAUUCACAGUUUUUUGAAAUUUUGUGUUGAAGUUCUACUUAUUUUUGAGUUGACAACAGAAAAUUCAAAUAACAAUUAAUCUGAAUUAGAUACAGCACAAUUUGUAGAAAAUCACCUGAUCA